CAUUGCUUGUUUGCCAUUCCUUGGGAUGUUUGUUUGUCCUUAACUGAGCGUGAAAAGCGAUCUGAAUUAAAUCCAGCAAUGUCUGAGGAAGACAGCAGCAUAUCUUAGAUGUUUAUCAUUUCUCGAGGCAGAUGGAAGCGAUAAGAAUUGGGAUCGACAACUGCGUCGUCGUCGUCGUCUUCUCCCCACAUUACUAUUAUUAAAGCCAUCAUCAUAAUCAUCCAUCACCAUCUCCGCUUGAGCUGUCUCACUUUCCCUUGUAUCUCUUUGUAUCCUCUCUUGAUUUCUUCUCCAUAGCUUUCUCCAUCUCAAUUGAACAGAGCUCUUGAUUCUCUUCUCCAUUCGUCUAGUCCUUUAGAUAACCCUCGCCUGCUGAAUCUCUUUUAUCGCCGUCCGCAUGUCGUCCCUCUCGCAGGGAGAUUCGCCCUCAUCGACUGCCACCCCAUCCUCGUCCUCAUCUAGUUCGGCAUCAGGAUCUCGCGCUCCAAAAGCAAACACUCCCUUCAAUCAAUCGGCCGCAUCUUACUUCUCCUACCCCGUCACACACGUCGUCUCAGGACUCUACCGCCGCUUAACAGACCCUAACAUCGCCAAAGCAUCGCGCAAAGACAGCAACAGUCCCAAUAGGAACAUGAACGCUAGAAACAACUACGCCACACCCACAACGUCCCCAGAUAUCUUCAUCCCUAUCCGCACCGCAUCACCCUUCCAACCACCACCCCUCACGCCACUAACCCUCACCCCCGGCCCUGGUAUCCCCCAACAACAACUCCUCACCCGUGCCCUCGCCGAAGAAAUUCGCCUGCUGGUCCCAGCCCGCCUCCAGCUCGUCGACACCUGGCGCCUAGCCUACAGCCUCGACCGCGACGGCGCCUCCCUCUCAACGCUUUACGAACACUGCCGCGAGUUCUCGCACCGCAGCCCGCGGGCGGGCUACGUGCUCAUCGUCCGCGACUCCUCCCCCGCCGGCGAGUGCUUCCUCUGGCGCGCGAGCGUCCUCCCCUCGCCGACGAACCUCCUGAAUAUCAACGGCCCGCAGUCCGAGGAAAUGCUCGAGCGCGCGGGCCUGCCCUUGCCCCCCAGUGCGGAUACAACGCAUGCGGGCCGCUCGACAACGCUACGUGGUGACUCGCGAGGUCACGGCGAUGGCCGUCUCGCGGCGCCGCGGACCAGUGGCGGGGCAGGGGCUGGGGCGGCGAGUGGUGCCAGCACGCCUGAGAGGAUCCGGUUCAAGGCCUUCCCUUAUAGCGGCGUAAACGAUUACAUGAUGUUCUGCGAGACCGGCUUCCUUAGCUUGGGUGGAGGGGACGGUCAUUACGGACUAUGGGUAGACUCGAGCUUGGAAAAAGGCGUCAGUGCCUCGUGUCAAACGUUCGGGAACGAGCCUUUGUCCGACGAAGGCGUCAAGUUCGACGUCCUCGGCGUGGAGGUGUGGUAUGUCGGGGCGUGAGUUCACGGGUCCCGGAUCUCUCUUACGCAUUUUCUUCCGUAUAAUACCCUGCUACGAUGCGUGCUGGCUCUCCAUCGUGCCAUAGUCCUGGUUGCAUUAUUUCCAUCUUGCAUCUUGCAUCUUAAUUGAAGAAACUUAAGGGAGUAGAAGAUGAAAGCUAGUAAGAUAGCUGAGCGCGAAAUCCAUGCUCCAAUGUG